UGCUUUGCUUUUACGUUCUUUUAAUCCCUCAAAUAAUCUCUGAAAAUCGUUGUUCAAUUUUCGUUGUUCGAUUUUAAUGGAAGACAUGAAUAUCAACAAGAAGCGAGUUCGGGACUGCGAGUCCGACUCGGAGCACGGCUCUGUCGAGGUUAAGCGACUCAGGGAUGACCUACUGGACUUCCUCGACGAUUCCGAUCCCGUUCCGGCGAGUCACGACCUCGACUCGUUCAUGAAGAGCUUCGAGGAAGAGAUCUCCGCAUCUAACUCCUGCUCGACGUCGCCUCAUCCGGCGCCGGAUGCUUCUGCCGCUCCGGUGCCGGUGUCGGAUUCCAGCGAGUCAAAUCCGGAUCUCACACACCUCCUAGAAGCGUCCGAUGAUGAGCUCGGCCUUCCGCCGUCCAGCGGGUUUUACGGUGAGGCGGCGACGGACUUGGUCAGAGUGUCGUCUGACUCGUCCGGGAUGGAAGAGUUAUGGCGGUUUGAUGAGCAGGGGCCGAGUUAUGACUCGUUCGAGUUGAGCGGCGUAGCUGGUAGUAACUUUGAUGAUAGCGGUUACGUGGCGUUUGAUGGGCUGUUCGAGCACUCAGACGUGUAUUAUGACUCGUCUGAUUACUCCGAUUUUUCGUGGCGGUUUGAAACGCUGCCGGCUGCGGAGUAGGAUGACAUGAAUCAUUUUACGGCGAAUGGAAUAUUAUACACAGAUUUGUA